AUGGCGGUGACACUGCGCGUCCGUUACCGGUACAUCCGUUACGGCGGCUAUUCGCCGAUCUGUUCGCUGUUCCGGACGCGUCGCUGUCGCUACUUCGCCGCCAUUGUCGCCGCCGACCCUCGACUGGGCAUCGUUUCCGGUGAGUUACACAUUUUAAUACGCGCGUACCAACAAUUAUAAUAAUUUAUUGCAGGUAACUGCCGCGGGCGAUUUUUCCGCGCGGUCGACAACCGCGGUUCGUUCGUCGGGCUAUACAUUCGUGACGUUAAUAAUGAAAAAAACGCCGAAUUUUCGUAA